AUGUCCAGGUUGCUGGCGCUGCUUCUUCUGUGCUCCGGGACCUCCGGUUGGUGGGGCCCUCGUAAUGAGAGCACGGCUCCCCCGGAUGGACCAUGGAGGGCGUGGGCUCGUGGGCAAUCGCCCCUGGUCGUGUCCUACCUGGAGAGCAUGGAGACUGCGGCCGAGGAUGCGAGGAAUUCCAUCUUUAGCUGGGGCGGAGUUUCCUGGGAUGCAGGUCUUUGGUCGGUUUUUGAUGGCCUGAUCGGCUUGGCAGGCUGGGGCCUUUUCGGCACAGCAUGGGGAGAUGUGAGGAAUGGAUGCCGACGUCUCAUCCAGUUUUGCAUCGUGGUCGGGCUUUGCAUUUUGGCACACUACGUUUGGGCGAUUUGCUGGCCUAUAGUUUCCUUGGUGAUAGCCGUUGUGAUGACCAUCGUUUGGAUUUUGCGGAAGACAGUCCGAGUGGUGGGCAAAGUCAUGUACCACGUACAACGUUUUUGUGGUGGUACUCCGGAGGCCGUGGAUGCAGAGUACUAUGGGCCCGGAACUGGGAAUGUGCCAGAGACUUCGGAGCUUAGGAAGUUCAAGCACACGGCAUCACACGAGAAAUGGGUGGUGCUUAAGAGAUCAGGAGACGUGGCAGUUUUCAAGCUCAGCAGUGACAACCAGACCAUUCGUUCCAGUGGACUCUAUGUGGGCAUCGAGCCGGACACUAUGAGGGGCACGGCUUCGUUGGUGCGAGACCUACAAGGGUGCGACAAGGUUCAUCUUUGUCGGAAUGAGAGUUGCCCAGAGGAUGGACAACACUUCAAGACCUACGGGCUGGCCAAGAAGUACGACCCGGAGAAGUUCGAGCUUGCAGUUGCAGCGCAAGGAGCCCGGGAAGCAGGGGGUUUGCUAUGGAGCUGGGCCUGGAAGGGUUCACAGGCGGUUCGACAUCGUAUGGCAGACUUCGGUUCAGAGUCAGAGACGGAGGUGAGUGCCUGCAGCGCUCAUCGGAUCAGAUGGGCGACAUCGGAAGGGGACGUGCAGUUGUGUGUUAAUCCAUGUACCUCCCCAGGAACUGAGCAGGUCCCUUUGCUGGUGGAGGACGAGUUUCACAUGGGCAGCACAGGGAACCUCUGCAUGACACACGCCAGCAAGUAUCUUGCACAGCGAUACACCUUGAAGUGUGGCCAAACAGAGCGUCGCCGCCUGGGAAAGCCAACAUCAACAGGUCUUCAUGUUUGCUGGCAUCAUGAACCAGGGACUACAUCACGGCGUUCGAGGUCACGGUCUAGAGAACGUCGAGCGCGAGGUGAUGGUGAGGAGCCGGUGGAGACUGACGCAGAUGGAGCGCCAACCUCGGGGGAAAGUUCUGGGCCCGCUUAUCAGCAGCUGCUGGAUGAGAUCCGAGACCUGAAGGAGAACUUGCCCAAGGAGAGGGAGCACAAGGACCCGGAGACAUCUCAGGCACGACGCAAGAGAUUGGCUUCACGAUCUCCUGGAGUGACGCCCAAGUCGUCUGUGCACCGCACCCUGGCUAGGCUGGGAAUGCUUGACUCACCGGAUGGCGGAGACCACCGAAACUGGUUAGAGGAGUAUCUGGAAAGAUACACCCAGGGCAAGGACAUCGGCCUCGCCGAGGACCAAGUCCGAAGGACCAUGGCAGAGGAGAAGGGCAUUGGCUUUCGGGAGCUUAGCAGAGUUUUGCAUGGGCUUGGAGUGACUGAACAAGGACGAGGUCAGAAAGGGCUCACCAAGUUCCUCACGAAGUGGCGGGCUGACUUUGAGGACGAUGACGGUGUUGUGCAUGACUCACCAGACACCAGUUGCAGGUCAAGGUCCUGGAGUCUGGUUGCAUCGGAAGCUCAGUCAAAGUUGUCCACACCCCCAGGGCUGGCGGAAACUCCCCCACAGGUGGUUGAGAAAGCUGGACCGCCCUUGACCAUUGGGCCACCUACCAUUUUUGGCAAAGGAGAUAGGAGGGCUGGAGCAGCUGCAGUGACCCCUGGAACCGAUUCCAUGGCCGCUUUGGCCCAGGCGAUUCAGUCUCAGACGGCGGAGUUGGCAUCACUGGUCAAAGCUCAACACGAGCAUACCACACACCCUCAAGGUACGGUCAAAGGCCUGAACCGCUUGUCAGAGGAGAUGGUUUUCAUCAUGAGGGCCUGUGACCAGUACACGGUAUCAGUUUGUCCUGGGGAAGUUGGAUCGGGGCUGGCCAAUGGUCUUCUUUCUGCUCAGGUGGGUGCUGCUACCAAGUUGAGAGCCAUGGGAUUCAGGCAAAGAAUGACAACGCGAUUGGCGGUGGGAUUGGCUGGACCGUUUUGGGGCUCUCAGGAGAAAUACUGUCUUGGUGCAGCAGAUUUCAUCCAGUACACCGAUGCAGAGCUGGAUGCCUUCGCGAUGGAGAAGAACACCAAGGGCGCUGUGGAGCAACGGCCAGCUUCUCCGACCAAGCUGGAGGAUUGGACAGCCCGUGUGAAGCGCCAGAAUGAGGUGUGGAGGCUUCUGUAUGGGGAAGAAUGGAGAGACGUGAGGGAGCACGCCGCUGACACCCUGGCGGGUUGGCAUCAAGAUUGCCCUCACAAGUGGCCUUUGACCAUCGUCAUGGACGCCUGGGAAGAGCUGCAUUGGAGAUUCCUAGAGGAGAUCAAGGAGCUCAUUCGGGACAUCAAGAAGAUGGCUAAGAGGGAAAGCUUGAGCCUGCAGGAGUUGAGGUUCUACGCCCUCUUGCCCGGGCCGGAUGGCCAGGCGUGGCUCAAGUUGCCCAACACCUUUGACAUCAAGAAUCCAGAGGGUUGGUUCAAGAGCGAGCUGGAGCCCCGCAUCGAGCGGCGCCAGGAACGAGCUCUAUGGCGCCUCACUUGGGAUGGAGGUCGACGAGAUCGAGGACACCCUGCCGGGGGCACUUCUCCUGUGGCCGCCGGGCAGACCCCUGAGAAAGGAGGAAAGCCAUUGCUGGGACCGAAGCUGACAGCGGAAGAGGUGAACAGGGCCAGAGAUAGGGCUCCCGUGGAUAGACAUGGAACGUUGCUGUGCUGGUCCCAUCUGACCCACCAGGGCUGUGCAAACUCAAGUUGUCAGAGAUCGCAUGAACCACUGAAGGGCUCCUUCGAGCAGCUGGAUGCCUGUGUUCGCAUGCAACUCCUAAAAAGGGGGGGCCUGAAGAGGAUGAAGGCGGAGAACAAGGAGACGGUGGAGCAGAAGAUCAAGGAGAUCAGAGCCUCCCUCCAGGCGGACAAGGCAGAGAAAAUGUCCAAACCAAAACGGAAGGCCGGAGAAGGGGAGAACCCUGUUGCUGAGGAGGUCGGCACCGGAAAAGCUGGAGGGCAGCGAGAGCCGCGAGUCCGUUUCUGGGACGUGCCAGUGGAGUUUGAAGCAGUGGACUACACGCGCCAGGAGGACAUCAAAGAGCUGGUGCAGCAGCCCGAUACCUAUUGGGGAGUUCCAGAACCACAUCAAGAACGACCAUUUCAUGGAGGAGAUGAGGAUGCACCCAGCGAAGCUGUGGAGCUUGUGAAAAGGGCGCGGAAGCUGCAUGAUGGGCCUGUUCUUACCGCCCUCAACGAAGCGUCUGAUGAUCUGUUUGCAUGGGCGGCAACCAGAGUCGCCAAAGAGCCGGCUAUCGGGUUGGAGGACCUGCUGGAGGAGAUGGAGAUGUAUGGACCAUCGGACCUUGCAGCGGAAGCGGCAGCCUACAUGGAGAAGGCUCCCCCCCGACAGAAGGCAGGUGAAGCUCCGCGUUUGGUGGUGAAGGACACCUUGUGGGCCCCAGGAGAGCCGGGGCAAGGAGGUUUUGAACUUGAUGGCAACGCCUGGAGAACGUGGGACUACCUUGAGGAUGUGGUGAUGGACGAGGAAAUGGCGUCAAUGCUGGGAAUGGUGGAGCCCCAAGAGGAGAGAAGGCAGUGUGUGACGAAAACUAUGGCUGCUGGAAUUCUGGCGAGACGCCUCGCACGGCGACCAACCUUGGAUGAGGUCAACGAGGAGGCACUUUCGUUGAGGAAGGAGCAGACCAGGUUGGCUUUGGAGGCCAACUCCCAGAUGGGUGUCGCCGGGGAGUUUGUCACACCGGUAGAGCACGAACUGCGGGUCUACACACAUGACAUAGUCCACCCACAUCAUGAGCGAGAUUUUCGUUCCUUUGCAGUUUUCCCUGUGGCAGCGCUGGACGAGGCCCGUGUGGUGGUGCUACGAGCUGAUGUGCGAGGUCGCUUGUUGGUGGAGACCAUCAUUGGAGGGGCAUGGAAACCUCAGCAGUGGACUAUGUGUGCACUCAUCUGGAAGGGCCACAUGGUGUACGCCCAACCGCCGGACAAUUUGGACCUUGAUGCCUGGUUGGAUGCAGAAGACGUCACAAUGACGCCAGUCUUGGGCUUCAAUUUCUUUUGGCAUGCUCGACAUGAUCAGGUAGUUUCUGCUCCUGGCAAGCUGUCUUGCAGACAUUGCCGACCAGGGCGCAAGGCGGGGGACAUCAUGGUGGAGCCGAGACGACACAGCCAUCUGGCGGCGGUCGCUACUGUGGCUGGCUCUCACGACCCAGAUGAGACCACGGUUAUCCGAGGCACCUCCCAGGAAGGCCUGGUUUUGAGAGAGCUCUUUGCAGGUCAGGCUACCCUGACUGCCGAGUGGAGACGACAGGGUGGAAAAGCACUGGCACCGGUUGAGGUUUAUGAGGAGCCACAUACCCGGACGGGCUAUGUGAAGGCACAUGACCUGAUGCUGCCGGAGAACCGUCAGGCCCACCUCCAUCGGGCACGAUGUGGCCCUGAAAACAUCGGAUGGGUGGCAGCACCUUGCACCAGUUAUUGUGAUUGGAAUCUGGAGAAUGGAGGGUCACGCACAUUCCAGCAACCAGAAGGUGGCGUGGGACGACCCCUCACCGACAAGGAGAUGGCGGGCAACACUUUGUCAGAGUUUGCGGCCGAGUACUUCGAGGACAUGCUGGACAAUGACGGCUUCCCCUUUGCUGAAAGUUCAGGAGCCUCGGGCAGAUACCCGAAGCAGUGGGAUCUCCCUUGCUGGAAGCGGGUACUAGCUCGCUCUGACGUGGACUGGGUGGAGUUCCGCAUGUGCGCAUUUGGUUUGGGCCCCCCUGAUGAGGAGAAUGCCUACUACCAGCACCUCACGCGGGUGGUCUUCCGCCGCAAUGCAGCGGUGCGAGCUGCGCUGUCUCGACGCUGCCCAGGAGUCAGCUCGAGCCACAAGCAUAUGGCCUUGAAAGGGUCUCGCCCUGGCAGCCGAGUCACUCGGUGCACGGAAGCUGGUGUCUAUUGCCCUCAGUUUGUCCAGACCAUCGUCGAUGUGGUGCGAGCUCAUGUGGUGGUGGGGGGGGUGAGUCUUUUCACUUUGGAAAGGCCUAUCCCAAGUGAUCGCGACAAGGCUGGUGGCAUGGAAGAAAGCAGCCCUACAAGUGCAGCUGAUGGUGAGUGCUGCACAGAGGAUUGUGACCUUGAUGAGCAUGCUGAAGUUGGGGCAGAGGAUUGUGACCUUGAUGAACAUGGUGAAGUUGGGGCCAGUGUAGCAGCGGCAGCAACGCCGAUCCCUGAGGAACAACAUGGUGAAGUUGGUCUCAAUGCAGCUGGAGCUGCAACAUCAGCGGUUGCAAGUGCGUGUGAAGCUGUGUCAGAAGGGCAGUUUCAGGAGCCGGGUCAGCGUGAAGGUGAAGUACAGCUUCCGAGGAUGGGCCAGCCAAUUGGGACUCUGGAGGAGAUGGGAGGAGCAUGGACCCUGCUGAGACCUGUACCCAGAAGCUAUCAGCCAGUUGAUGCGGUUUUGGAGCCCUCCGAGUCUAUGGUGGCAACUGAUGGUGAUGAGCUGAAGAGACUGGAGGAAGUCCCAACGCCACAGGCAGCGGAAGAUCGGUAUUCGUGGCAUGAGUUCAAUGAUGCCAAUGAGUUUGAUGAGGUGAUCGAGUCGUACCUCUAUGGCACGGAGGAUGAUCCAAACCAGGCACGGCUGGACAUGACCUUUGGAAUGGAUCAUGCCGACACCUACGGAGAUCGAGUUCACCUACCAGAUGGAAGAGAUUUCUAUCAAGUAGGGGAAGGGCACUUGGUCGUCAUGCAUGUUGAGCCGCGGCGGACGUAUUUUGUUCCUUACCCGGGGUUUGGUCACGAGCAGGGCUUUGGACCUGAGGACUUGAGGAGCGAGAGGUUGACGGUGUGCAAGUACCAUGGCCGAGGACCGUUCCAACUACUCACUGUCGGUCACUACCAAGACGAUUGGAGGAUCAGUGGAGAGAGAAACCCGGACCUUGGCUAUUGGGUGGGCUACAGUAUGUUUGCGUUUGAGGGCUGGAACCUGCCUUGGUACGACGAGUUCUGGGGAUCUGAUGACCAUGACGGAGGACCUGAAGGAGGGGACCCUGAGGAUGACUAUGGGAACGAUGAGGAAGAUUUCCAGGAAGAAGGUGAAGAGGAGUCUGAGUCGGAGACGUCCUCGACCAGCUACGGUUCUCAGAGGUCAAGGUCACUACGCCGCGCUGGGGGAUGUCGAGACAACAACCCUGUGAUGGAGAAAGCCCGGCAGUACGUGGAGAUGGUCAACAAGCUGGGCAACGGCACAAAGAGUGAUUGGGCCAAUGUCUUGAAGUGCGGGGAUGAGCUCCUCGCCACCGCCGGGGGAGUCCAAGAAGCCGCUGGCGCUCUAUGGGAGGUGCGAAAGGAGAAAGGCUUGGACAACCUCAGAGGUGUGCGGGACCAGAGCUUGGAGGGCAUCAUACAUCCACUGCUGCUGGAGUACUUGAGGAGCGUGAGUGAGAACGGCAUGGUGGCUCGGCAUCCGGGCUCUUCCCAACGAGUGGAGUCGGGCCUUCAUCCUAACGCCAAAGCUCAUUUGGACCAGGUGUACAAGCAGAUCUUCAAGGACGUCAAGAAACACCGGAUUUUGGUUGUGAAGAAGGGCAAUGAGGCGUUGGGCAACACUAUUUCUUCCCCUUUUGAAGCGGUGGACAAGAUGUUGCCAGACCGCUCGAUUGCCCCGGACAAACGGGUGGUGCAUGACCAACGUCAGGUCAACAUGGGAACCAGCAAGUGGUGGCACCCUCCGGCGUUGCAGCCCACCCAUCAGCAAAUCGCUCGGCGUGUCCUUUGGCACAAAAGCCGGUACCCAGGGGUGGAGGUUCUCAUUUGCAAGAGGGACAUCGCGGGAGCUUUCAGGUUGCUGUGGCUGGCACCGCAGGAUGCUCAUCUUUUUGCUGGUGAUCUUCCUUGGAAGGCAGACAUGAUGGCCGAAGAGGAGCAGGAGCGGACCACCUGCCCUGAGACACAGGAGGGGGCGGAGAUGACCGUGAUCUACCUGGUCUCAAGUUUUGGGUUCAGUGGCUCCCCGGGUGAGUGGACGGCAUUUGGCCGGGCUACCGAAGAAUUCCACCGUGCGCACAGACCCGAGCAUUCACGUCGAGAUGGUCGUGCGGGUUUCUGCAGCAAGAUCUUGGUCGACGACAACAUCCUGGUUGAGCCGAUGGUGGGACUACGACCUUGGGUUUCUGCACGUUGUUACGACGAGGGUGUCAGGUUGAUGUUGGGCAACGAUGCGGUGAACGCGGAGAAGAAUCAGAUCGAGGGCGUCUACAAGGAAGAGCAAACGAUCUGGGGGCUCAACAUCAACACUCGGACUGAGCAUGCCAGCUUGCCAGGGCGCCGCAUUGAGAAAGGAGCGCAUUUGCUGGCUCACCCGUCGUUUGAUGCGGAGUCGAAAUGCCUGACCUUGAGGCAGCUACAACAGUUCAGAGGAAUCGCAACUGGCUGGGCAGUAGUUGUCAAGGGUCUGAAGAAUGAGCUCAAGGCGGCUGACGUCUUCCUGACCUGUGGAGAUGGAUCCAUGCCGGUGCGGCCGAGAACGUUGGGCUACCAGAAUGAGGAGCAGGCCGUGGUCAGGGCAUGGGAUGACUUGUGGUCACUCUUCGAGGUCUGCCGGUGGUUGUGUGCCAGGCCGGAAAUGUGGGAGGCACAGUUCGGUGCUACCUUGGAUGAGCUGCUGGAGCCCAGGGAGAGGCUGAGUCUACCUGGAGGACACAGGCAUGCGGUCUUCGUGUCAGCAGACGCCACACCGUCCACAGUGGGGGCCAUCGACUGGACGGGAGGUUUUGCCUCCCAGCUCAAGUCAGAGGACAUGGGCCCUUGGCUACAGCUCGCUCUUGAGGGGGAGAAAGACGAUGAGCAGAUCCGAAUUCAUGUCAGCGAGAUGCUGGCUUUCACCGCCUUUGCGGUCACCAGAGGCCCGUGCUGGAAGGGCAAGGUUGUCAUCUAUGCCGGGGACAACACGGUGGUUCGCUCUUGGAUCACCAAAAGGCAGAGUGGGUCCAGAGCAGGACGGCUGUUGCUCAGGGUGCUGGCAAUGUGCGAGAUGAGGUAUGGCUUCACCGUGGUGGCAGGCUGGUGGAGGACCUUUCACAACGUGGACUCUGAUUUUGUCACCAGAUGCACCAGGAAGGAGUUCGUUGAGUAUUUGGACCGAAAGGGAUGGAUUGAGGUGAACAUCCAGGAGCCUAUCGAACAGGCAUUACAGGACACCACAAGGUUUGGGCCUUGCUUCCUGUCGUGGGCGGAUCCUGCUGACCGCCAGCUGAUCAUGCAGCUGAAGGAGCAACGAGUGAGGCGGUCUGUCGACAAGGCCUUUGGUGUGGACUGGGAGAAGAUGGAGGUCCUGGAGUGGGCUGCUCAAGGCAGAGUCGUUUUUGACUUCUUGUCGGUGGCCAAAGCAUGUGGAGCUGCAGCCGCAGACGGUGGUCAGCUGAAAUUGGGAAUGGCCACCAUCGGAUGUGAUGUGAAAGGGAACCAGUUGGUCAACUAUCUCGAGUGGGCAGCACUCAAGGAGGUUGAUCUGGGGGUGGUGGAAGGCCCCUGCAUGGCCAACUGGGAGAAAGCUGAAGAGUGGUGCAAGGCGUCGGGGUGGUGGAACUACACGGAGGAGUUCGUGACCACUGAGUUUGGGGAAGCCCUGGCACGGCGUCGUCGCGCCAUGAUGGUGAGCAAAACGGCUUUGGCAACGGACUUGUUGAAGAACUCCUUGGGCAGAGCGGUUGUCGCCACCCCUCUUGGGACAGUGAUCAAACCUGGUCAGCUAUGGGAUGGCCUCACUUGGGAAAAGCCGGAGAAGUUGGUCGUCGCGCAUGGAGUGCCUCGUGAUCCUCUUCUACCACAUGUGGCUGCGCAUUUGACCUGGGGAGGCUCGAAGCAGGAAAGGGUGAAUGUCCACGGACACACAGGACCGGGGCGCUGGCCGUUAUGUCCAAGCGAAAGCAAGGGCUUCGAGAUCCUGUACGUCUACGACCGAGCGGGACCCGAAGGAUGUGUACGACCACUCAGCUUUGAGGAGGUGUGGUGUGCGCAAGGAAGGUCUCUUCUGGAAUGGUCAGAGGCUGUUGAAACAUGUGGAGGAGAGGUCGAGAGAGCUUAUGGAGAAGGAUGCAGAGCCACCGGGAUGAGGACGGCUGAGACUUUGCUGAUGUGGGCAGCUACAGCAUCCACGUGUGAGAAGGGAGGCCCACACAGCAAGGCCGGGGCCAUCCGGGAUGGACCGAUGGACGAGAGCCUGGCCAGGUUGUUGAUUUGGUUGCGGCAGUGGAAGAAGGGCGACUUCGGUUGGGAAGGUCAAUCUCGAAAAGCUGGAGGCGGUAUGAGGUCGAUGGUUAGUCGGCACGGAGAGGCCAUCUGGUUGGAAGCCUUGGAGGAAGAGGGCAUGUUCGGUGAGAUUGACCGGAAAGCUGGAGGCCGCAAGCCUAGAAGCGCAACCAAGCAGAUGGGAGAGGCGAGCCUUGUGAGCCAGCCAUGCACACAGCCUUUUGAUGGGGAUGUGGCCGGGAAGGUGGAGGACUGGCUGGAGGCGAACCUCAGUGGAGACAAAGCAGAGAGCACGGCGCGCGCUUAUGCUGGGAUGUGGGCAAAGUGGUGCGCGUGGGCCGAACGGCAGCAAUGGGCGUCCCCCUACCUCAAUCCAAAGGAGGACAAGCUCGACAAGGAGAACAAAAUCCUGGCCUUCCUGGGAUAUUUGGGCUGGCUCAACUUUUCAUCGGCCAGCUUGAAACAGGCAGUCUUCGCGCUGAAGGAUGCACACAAGCGAGCUGGAGCAGGAGAUCCAACAGAAGGGUUGUUUAGACUCUGGGUGCUGAUGAAUGGUUUGGAUCGAAGAGCCGCCCGAAAACCCAGGCGCCUGGGAGUCACACCGGGCAUGCUGCAGUGGAUUGGGAAACAGUUCCAAGAGGUGCCAAGGGGCUUCGGUGAGGAGCGAGUGGACGGGUUCAUGGUCCAGGCAGCGCUCUUGACGGCAUGGUUCUUCAUGAUGAGGGCUUCGGAGUUCUGUGACUCCAAUGGCAUCAACUUGGACAACGUCUUGAGAGGUUUGGAUGUGAAAUUGGCACGGGAUGGUCAGCCAGCAGUCCUGGGCGAGGCCACGGAGGUGACAGUCCAGUUCCGGAAGACCAAAGCGGAUCAGGAGGCGUUUGGGUCUUGCAAAACCAUGGCGAGAACGGGCAUUAGUUAUCUGUGCCCGGUGGAGGCCUUGGAGAACUACAAGCGAGUUUGCCCGGCGCGUUUCCAAGGAGCAGAUGCACACAAGCCAUUGUUCCGCUGGGGUAACGGAGUGACCCUGAAGAGAACGGAGGUGCAGUACCUUCUUCAGAAGGCAGCAGUGGCGGAAGGCUUGCCGGCCGAUCGGUUCUUGUCCCAUUCUUUGAGGAUUGGAGGGGCGAGCGCCUUGUUCCAAGCAUCGGCCGACAUCGAAUUGGUGAAACGGAUGGGAAGGUGGUCCAGCAGUUCGGUGCAGAAGUACCUCUAUGAUGGAGGUCAGACUUUGAAAGAAAUGGCAGGGCGCAUGGCCCAGGUGGACAAGAAGGCAACUGAAGGAUGGCUGCGACUGGGGCUCAAGACGAAACCCGGUUUGCUCAGCCCACCCAACAACCACCCGGUGUGGCAGCCGAAGGGAUGCCAUAGCUGUGGUGAAGCCUUCAACUCUGAGUGCGCAACGCCGCCAGUGAAAACACUGUGGAGCCGUCAUGCUUAA